AGUGAAGGAUAGCUUUAUGCAAAACAUUAAUGUGUGACUGAAAUAGUAAUUAAUUAAUAAUUGACUUGGAUUUUAAACGCGGCCCUAAUCGAGAAUUGAAGUCGAAGAGGAGUUCAUAAAAAAAAUCGAAUUUGAUAUCCGGAAAAAAUAUCGAAUAUCGAUAUAUCAAUAUUUAAAAUAUCUACCAUAAUUAUCGAUUAUUUAUUGAAAAUAUAUCGAUAUUUUUUACCCAAGCCUAACCUUUAUACAAUGGAAAGAACAUUUACUUCUGAUAAAAUUAUAUAUUGUUAAUAUGAUUCGCAAUUUUCGAAAUGUUUUCUGUGCUUAUCGACACGCAAUGCUGUGUCAACGUGAAAAAGCUGUACAAGGGAUUCGAAGGAGCCAUGUAGUGUCGUACAGAGAGGUUCCAUUGAAGCAAUCUGCAAUUACUAAAGUUGGUGCUGAAAUUGUUGGAGCUGCAAUGUGGUGGUGGAUUUUGUGGCAUUUGUGGCACGAAUCUGAGCAUAUUACGAACUUCCGAACCAUAGCACGGAAAGACGUGAAAAUUUGCAUAGUCAUCCGUUUAUUCCUGCAGAAGGUCUUAACGGAGGACCCUUUUUUUUUGCAAAAUCACGAUUCGAUUUUGCAAUUACAUUCGAUGAAUGUUAAAUAAAACUUUACCAUAUAAUUAGACGUAGAUCGUGUGACGCGCCCUCUUCUACUCUCGUUCUGCACCGUUAUACACAGUAACUACUAUGUACAGUCGGUAAGUUAUAGGUAAGGCACGUCGCUGAUUAACAUUACUCCUCACUUAUUAUAUACAUUACAAUCGAUUCCUGAUUAGAUUUUAAUCGCAAGCGAUCUCGAUUG